AUGCCGCUUCCAACUCGUGAAUUAGGUAAAACCGGAGUCAAAAUUCCAACAAUUGGCUUGGGAUGUAUGGGAAUGAGUGAUUUUUAUGGACAAUCUGAAGAGAAAGAGAACAUCGAUGUAUUGAACAAAUCAAUCGAGUUGGGAAGUUACCUUUGGGAUACUUCGGAUAUGUAUGGAAUUGGAGCUAAUGAGAUCCUUGUAUCAAAAGUUCUUAAAGAACGUCGUAAUGAUGUAUUUCUUUGCACCAAGUUCGGAGUAUUUCGAAAUCCAGAUGCUCCAGGAGCAGAAAAUAUGAUUAUUAAAGUUGAUUAUAUUGAUCUCUAUUAUCAACAUCGUGUGGAUCCCAAUACUCCUAUUGAGGAAACCGUUGCCGCUAUGGCGGAACUUGUGAAAGAAGGCAAAGUGAAAUAUAUUGGACUCUCGGAAUGUUCUGCGAAAACACUUCGACGCGCUCAUAAAGUUCAUCCAAUAGCAGCUUUACAGCUCCCUUUUUUUAUAAGGUCGAGUAUAGUCCAUGGACACUUGAUAUUGAAAAAAAAUGGAAUUAAUAGCCCACUUGGUCGCGGAUUCUUAACCGGAAAAUAUCAAUCAAUUGAUGAUCUUGAUCAAAAUGAUUCUAGAAGGACGAAUCCACGUUUCUCGGGUGAUAAUUUUCAAAAAAAUUUAGAAAUGGUUAAGAAAUUUCAAGAAUUCGCAAGCAAGAAAGGUGUUGCCACAAGUCAACUUUGUCUGGCUUGGGUUUUAGCUCAGGGGGAGAAUAUUGUUGCUAUUCCUGGUACAAAAAAUAUCAAAUAUUUAGAAGAAAAUGUUGGCGCAGUUAAUGUUCAACUUUCGCCUGAAGAAUUAUCUGAAAUUCGUCAAAUUAUUGACUCUAUUGAAAUUGUUGGAAACAGAUAUAAACCUAUGUUUGCAGCUCAUAUUGAAAAUUAA